AUGUGUUAUCACACGUCCGAAUCCGAGCGGUACCACGAAGAUCUUACUGGAUGGGUUGCAAAGAACAAGGAUGACCGUGCUUUUGUGAAUUUUAUUCCUAGUCUCAAAGACCACUUGCUCGCAUGUCUCACAGGCCAACUGUUUAAUGGAGAUGACUACACGUUCUCAAAUGCAGAACGGGACCAAGUUGCAUUUGCAAACAACCGCAUCUAUCAUCACAAGGUAAUCCGGAUCAACUACACAACUUACGAUAUGCAUCGCGCUCAAGAUUCCGUCAAUCUGUGCACUCACGCAGACAUUGUGGUCCUUGCACGUGAAGAUGGGACGACCGGUGUAGAUGAACAUUUGUUCUGGUAUGCUUGCAUCGUUGGCAUCUAUCAUGUCAAUGUACGCCACCUUAGCUCAUCAUCAAAGUCAAGAGAACCGCAGUGCAUGGACUUCUUGUGGGGUCCUGAUAUUCCAUUUGGGUUUGUCAGCCCAGACGAGGUUCUUCGAGAAACACAUUUUAUUCCUGCAUUUGCCCAUGGCAAGACAUCCGAGUUACUGCCACAAUCUAUUGCACACCAGGAAAGCGAGCAAAAUGAAGACUGGAAGUACCAUUAUGUGAAUAUAUUUGUUGACCGUGAUAUGUUCAUGCACUACCUAGGUGGGGGUGUCGGCCACAAGGGUGCAGGAACUUCACAGUACCGGAUGCACAAGGAGAAUGAACACUGCAAUGGACAGGAUAGAGGAGAUGAGGAUGGGGAGGGUCAGAGUGAGUAUGCAAAUGAGGAGGAGGAAGGGGACGAGGUGAAUGUGGACGAUGAAGAUGAGGAAGACACAGAUGGUGAGAAUGAUGAUAGAAAGGAGGAGGAGGAGGAGGAGGAGGAGGAUGACGAUGAUGAUGAUGAGGUAGGUGAAGAGGAGGGUGACGAGGAAGACAAUAUUGUCGACCUUGGUCCGGAGGAUGGCGAGGAUGGUAAUAUUGAGGAUGAAUAUGGGGUUGAUGGUUUCGCACCGCUAUGA